UAUAUCAGUAGCAACGGUGAGGAGGUAAGGGAAGGAAGACAAGAAUCGCGGCCAAACUACACACGACCAUUUGUGGAUGGAGGGGAUUGAUCGGAUUUCGCCGACCCGCUAGCAUCGUGACCUAUUCUCAGUCGCACCUUGCGCUCAUUUCACUAACUCUCAUCCUGUAAACCCUUUCGCAAACGUGCUUUACGAUGGCGACGACCAAAGUACCUGGUAUCAGAGAGUACAAGUACUCUACAGAGAUCUCUCAAAUGAUGUUCGUCUUUGGCGAAGUCCAAGAACCCAUGGCAGAAACAGUGAACUUGGUCGAGGAUAUAGUUCGGAGCCAAAUCAUUGAACUGAUAAUUCAAGCUAGGGCAUUGGCCUCGCGACGUGGAGCACGGUACCUUUCGGCGGAGGACCUCAUAUUUCUUAUCCGACAUGACAGGGCCAAGGUCAAUCGGUUACGCACGUAUCUAUCUUGGAAAGAUGUACGGAAACAUGCGAAGGAUAACGGUGCUGACGGAGGUGGAGGGGUAGAAGUUGAAACUCUCGAAGACGGCGCUGAUGAUAAACUGGCUUCCAAGGCGCAGAAAAUUACCAUCAAACUUCCUUGGGAAAUUCUAACCAUGUAUUCUGAUGUCCUUGCUACCGACGACGAAGAGGACGAAGACGACAUUGAGGCGCACGAAGCCUCAAUUCAACGGCUCAAAGAAGCGGAUGAUGCAACAAGACAAAUGACACGGGCUGAAUAUCAACACUACUCUGAUUGUCGUCAGGCUUCGUUCACUUAUCGUAAAGCCAAGCGUUUUCGUGACUUCCUUAAUCUACCUGCACACCUUGAUCUCAGAGCGAAUGACGACACUGUUGACAUUGUCGGCUUUCUUGCCUUCGAGAUGGUCCGUUCUCUCACUAUAGCCGGACUUGAAGGCAAGAAAUCACUCGAAGAGCAAUACCUCCGUGACGAUAUCCGCGUCAUUUCAUCUCCCCUUCUUGGAAAGCGUAAGAACACGAGUUUUGGACCAGGUGGAGACGCCAAGCGUAUGCGGAGAGAUGACUCUGAUGAACUCGAUGAUUCUCCGUUACCUGUCUGUACCCUUUUCCUUCCACCACCUGAAGAGAGAACCCCUCUACGUCCGGAACAUAUUCAGGACGCUUUCGCCCGAAUGCAGGCUGACUGGGCACAGCGAAGGUCAGCAGGUAUGCGAGAUUGGAGGGGAGGUUUGAUACGGACGACUGUUAGCCUCAUUUGACGUCUCUUCUUAUUUAUCUUUAUACCCAUUAUAUACGGUGGAUAUCAGUGUAAUGUGUAUUCUUAUGGAUGUAUCAGUAUUGUACAAUAGACUCAAUUCAGUUUCUUUGCUAUACACUUAUGUCCGAUGAAUGAAUUGAAUCAGAACAACAAUGAGGCUGCAACAUCGACAUUACCACCGGCGGCCUCCAAUGUACUGAUUGCCACCUCUCUUGAUACACCUAGUCCCAUGAGCGUAUUGAUUGCCUGUUCUGGGUAUCUCGACUGAGCGACAGCUGCACCUGCCGCGGGUGCACCUCGUCCUAUGCCCGGUGCAGGUGUCGAGCCAAGCGUGUGACCCGAGCCUGGGAAGUGCUGUUGUUGCGGCGCUGAAGAGGCACCACUCGAGGAGGGCCCUGCUUGCGGAUUGGACGCCUCUUCAAGUGUGCCUGCGUCCAUAUGCCGAGCCUUCUCCGGAAGCUCGUGUUCUGCAAGGAAACUGACUUCCCGACCUUGUAUUCGAAGAACAUUCUUCUCGAGGUCGAUACAUGCUUGAUGUGCCUUCAACAUGUCCAAACCAAAGAGUAGGUCAACGUCUCGGCC